AUGGUGAAAUUAACAGAACCAAAAGGUUUUAUUCAUGAUGGACUUGGAAAUUAUUCAAUUGGUGUUAAGUGUUCAUGGCUUAUUGAUGCACGCGAUCCUUACCAGCCUUCAUCAAACGCCACAAAGUCUGGCAAAAAGAAACCGAAACUGAUAAGAUUACAUUUAGAAGAAUUUGCAACAGAAUGUUCCUGGGAUCAUUUGUAUAUCUAUGAUGGUGACAGCGUGCAGAGUCCUCUUUUAGCUGUAUUUAGCGGUUUAAUGUACAAAAGUAAUUUUUCAAUUCGUCGCAUUCCGGAAGUUGUUGCACAUUCAGGAGCAACAUUACUUCAUUUUUUCAGCGACGAUGCUUAUAACAUGUCAGGCUUUAAUAUUUCUUAUCGCUUUGAUUCAUGUCCAACAACAGACUCAUCUUUAAUCUGUUCAGGUCACGGUGCAUGUGUUGGUGAAGGAACGUGUACAUGUGAUUCAGCCUACAAAGGUUCAGCUUGUCACAUCCCAAAGUGUCCAAAUGAUUGUUCAUUUCCCAAUGGCAAAUGCAGUCCUGAACGCCAUCGAUGCAUAUGCGAGAAAGGUUUUGCUGGUUCAGAUUGUCGACAAGUUUCCAAGUUUGGAUUUUGGGAGACGAUUGACACUUCAAAAGAUUUCACACCACCAGGAUCAGCUUCGCAUGGUUCCGCAAUUUACGGCGACACAAUGUUCAUUAUUGGUGGCGAAAGUUAUCAUCGCGGUGAAUUGUUGUACGCUUACGAUUUCAAUGGGAAAGUUUGGGAAACAGUUCACGUUGAAAAGAACAAUUCACCAUCGAUGCGUUAUGGGGCAAGCACUGUUCGAUACGGUGACAAAAUAUUCAUGUACGGUGGUGUUGUGGAAGGUGCUGGAAUAACUGGUGAACUUUGGGCAUUUGAUGUGUCAGCAAGAAAUUGGGAAAACAUCACAGUAAAGUCGGAAUCGUGUAAUUCUUCAUCUGUUAUGUGUCCAUUGCCUCUGGAAUCUGCUGGACAUACAUCAAACAUUGUGCCCAUAAAUGAUGGUACAAAAGCGCAAUACGUAAUGGUUGUAAUAUUUGGACAUUCUCCAGUUUACGGAUUUCUUAAUACUGUCCAAGAAUAUAAUUUUGGUACACGCGAAUGGCGAAUUGUGACAACGAAUGGUUUUCCAGUGAAAGGUGGCUACGGUCACAGCGCAAGUUAUGAUGAAAUGACUGAGAAAAUGUAUGUUUAUGGUGGCAUCAUCAGUGAAUCAGAAUCCCAACAACUUUUAAGCAACAAACUCUACAGUUACGAUCCGAAAAGUCACACUUGGAUUAUGUUAACAUCAAGUUCAUCUGCACGUUACCUUCACACAGCAAAUUUCAUUUCAAAUGGCCUCAUGAUGGUGUUUGGCGGUAAUACUCACAAUGAUACAUCGCAUAGUUUCGGUGCCAAAUGUUACAGCAUGGAUUUACUUACAUACGAUGUAAUAUGUGACAGUUGGAGUCAUCACACAAUGCCAAAUGAUUUACAAGCUGAUUUAGCUCGAUUUGGUCAUUCAUCUCAGAUGUUUGAGAAUAAAUUGUGGAUUUAUGGUGGAUUUGAUGGACAAAUGUUAACAGAUAUGUUACGUUACACGCCGGGAACAUGUCAUCAUUUCGAACGUGCUGAUUUGUGUUUAAAUUCACAACCGGGUGUUAAGUGUAUUUGGGAUCAUCAAGAAUCGAAAUGUAAAGCGUCGUAUGAUGUUCCAAAGAAUCUUUUAUUUCAAAGGGGUGAUGAAUAUAUUCAAAAAUGUGCAAAACGUGGACGAAUGGAAAUGACACAACAGCAUAUAGCUAAAGAGCAGCAUUGUUUAGAUCAACACUCAUGUCAUGCUUGUGUAUCCACAUCAUCGUCAUGCGGUUAUUGCAUUAAUCCAAUUAUUCGACGUGGAUCAUGUGUUUUAGAGAAAUGUUCCGAUCCAACAGGCGUCAAACAAAGAUCUCAAAUUUCUCUUUCACCACUUCGACAAAUCGAAAAAUGCCCAAAAGAUGAUGAACCGUUGUGCGCUCAAUUACACAAUUGUCAAGCGUGUAUGUCAAAUUCUGUUUGCUUUUGGAGCGUUGAACAUAAUAAAUGUAUGUUCAUUGGGAAUCGUUCGAAUGAUGAAACUUUGCCAUGUCCACCGUCGUGUUCAACAUUAACAAGCUGCGCUAAUUGUACGCAAGAGGAUUGCAUUUGGUGUCAGAAUGAAGAGCGUUGUGUUGAUAAGAAUGCAUACACAGCGAGUUUUCCCUAUGGACAGUGUCGAGAGUGGACGACACUAACAAAUAAAUGUCGUGCGCCAUCGACGGGACUUUCUCAGUGUUCAUUUUAUAAAACUUGUUCGCUAUGUCGCGAUGAUCCGGCGUGUGGCUGGUGUGAUGAUGGAUCGAAGACAGGAUUGGGGAAAUGUCUUGAUGGAGGUGAUUCGGGUCCGUUAGAUCAAAUGGAAUGUCCAGCAAAUCAUUGGCAUUUCACACAUUGUCCGAGUUGUCAAUGCAAUGGUCACAGUGUGUGUGAUGAUGGAUCGACUUGUGGUCCGUGUGAUGGUCACAUUUAUGGUCCUAAUUGUGACAAAUGUAAGCCAGGUUAUUGGGGAAGUCCAGUGAAUGGUGGAUCGUGUCAAAAAUGUGAAUGCAAUAAUCAAGCAACAAAUUGUAACUCGGAAACGGGAAAAUGUUUUUGCAGUACAAAAGGACUUGCUGGCGAUCAUUGUGAGAAGUGUGACGCCACAAAUCAUUAUCAUGGUGAUCCGAAGAAAGAUUCAUGUUAUUAUGAUUUAACAAUUGAUUAUCAAUUUACAUUUAAUUUAUCGAAGAAGGAAGAUCGUCAUUACACACAAAUUAAUUUUCGUAAUUCGCCAGUUAAAGCUGACAUCGAUGCAGAUUUCACAAUCACUUGCAGCGUGCCAGCUAAAAUGAAUAUCACAAUAAGAACAUUAAAUCAGUCACAAGAGAAAAUACUUUUCAGUAAUAUCAAUUGCACAACAUUCCGUCAACGAUUCUCUAAAGGCGAUCAUCAAUUUGGAUACAAUAGCGAUAACAAUGUGACGAUAACAACUUUUUAUGUUUAUGUGUAUGAUUUUCAGCCACCGCUUUGGAUUCAAAUCGCAUUCUCACAAUAUCCGAAAUUGAAUCUACAGCAAUUUUUCAUCACAUUUUCAACAUGCUUCCUACUGCUUCUUCUUAUGGCAGCAAUUCUUUGGAAAAUAAAACAGAAAUAUGAUAUGUUUCGGCGUCGUCAACGAUUAUUUGUUGAGAUGGAACAAAUGGCUUCUAGACCAUUUUCUCAGGUUCUUGUUGAGAUCGAUAGCAAAGACCGUGAAUAUAAUGAGAUUACUCCAGCAACUGAUAAUUCUAAUGCGGCGAAAAAACGAAAGAAAGAUUCGCCUAGUCCGAUAGCUUUGGAGCCUUGUGUUGGAAAUAAAGCAGCAGUUUUAUCGCUUCUUGUGCGGAUGCCAACUGGUGGUUUGUCCCAUUCGCCUGCAGGUCAAGCAGCAGGUUUAGCAGUAGCAAGUGCUUUGGUGACAUUGGGAAAUCCCAGAAGACCAUCGAUAGACCUAAAUCCAAAGGAUACAAAUAAGUCCAAACGUAAACAAAGUCAACAUCCAGAUAAUUUAUAAGAUUGAGGAUAAAGAUAUUAUUACUUUCAACUACAAAAUGUUCUUGAACAAAUUUUCUAGCUUUCUCUCACGUCCAUUGUUACGGAAUAUGAAGCGAGAGAGAACUUUUCAUUUCAUUCGCAUAUAAUUAUGAUUAAUUAUAAUGUAAUUAAUUAUUAAUGCGGAAGAUGUUGACCCGCCAUCUGAUGUAUGUGUGAGUUGAUUGUGUCGUAUGCUGUGUGGAUGAAUAAACGAAGGUAAUUAGCCGAAUUUAUGAAAGCGAUGAUUAAUUUUAAAUGGAAGUUUAUUGUGGCUUUUCCUUCUUAUGUUUUAUUAAUAAAGUCUAACUCAUUUUGGUUGCCGAGGAAAUGAAAAAUAUGCAAAUAUGAUCCUCAAACGCAGACUAAAGAAAAAUCUGAUAAUUUUAAUUAAUCAGGGAGAAAUCUCUUAAAAUAUUUUAAACUUUUUCAACAGAAUAAACACAUUUUAGUCAUGACUUUUGCAAUAUCCUUUCCUAUCUUUUUUAAUUAGCGCAAUUGUUCUAUCUCAACAGUGUAAAUGAUCAAAUUUAUCUUCAUGAAUAGUUUUUUUAAGAAAGCGUGUUAUGUCAAGAAAACAGACGGAGAAGAAAGAGUGAAAGAAUGAAUGAUAAACUAACAAUUAAUUUAAAAAGAUUAUUAAAAAUUGUGAUAUAUAAUUGCUUGGGGAAAUGCAUUUUAUUUGUGUGCAAACUUAAUGUAUGCUUUUAAAAAAUGGAAUGUGUGAAAGUUACGUCACGUUCGUAGUUAAAAAAGAAGAAAAUCUUUAACUUUUAACGUGCUAUUUUUUGGAUGUCGAACAAAAUUAUGGAUGAAACAGGAAUUUUCAAGUGACGCAAUUAAAGCACAGCCCCCCACACCCCCAAGCAGUUAAGGCUAAACUUAUAUAUUGCUCACAUCACGAAUGCAACUUUUUUUCUUUCUCCUUUUGUAUUGCUGAAUGUACGAAAACUUUGAUAACAAACAAACGAGACAAAGUUGAAAGCUGCUUUUGUUUGUCUCAUAAAUUGUAAAAUGUAAAUAUUAAAAUAAAAAGUGAGAACACUCAUUUUCUUCAAUUAUUUGUCUGGGAAUGAAUUCUGUUGUAAUAAAAUACAUUUUAUUAAACCGGAUAACAAGUGAAAAUAAAAUCCAAAAUAAAUGCAUUUAAAA